AUGCGAAGCAUAUUAUUGAUCCUGUUAUUAUCUCUCGUCCAAUCACGUUCGUACACGUUAUCUCCAAACAUACAACUUCCCGGCGAGUCACUAGCCCUCUCCGUCACCGAUUUCGGCGCUACCGGGGAUGGUAUCCACUACGACUCCACCGCGAUACAGUCCGCCAUUGACGCCUGCAAUCGUCACUACACAACAUCCUCCUCCAUCUGCCGCGUCACGUUCCCACCCGGCACUUAUUUGACCGCCAAGCUCCAUCUCCGAUCUGGCGUCCUCCUCGAUGUGACGGAGAACGCCGUGCUUCUCGGAGGUCCGAGGAUUGAAGACUACCCGGCGGAGACUUCGUCGGAGUGGUACGUGGUGGUGGCGAACAACGCGACGGACGUCGGAAUCACUGGCGGAGGAGCAAUCGACGGCCAGGGAUCGAAAUUCGUGGUGAGAUUCGACGAGCAGAAGAACGUGAUGGUGAGCUGGAAUCAGACUGGGGCUUGCUUGGGUGAUGAGUGUAGACCUAGGCUUGUUGGAUUCGUCGAUUCAAGGAACGUUGAGAUCUGGAACAUCACUCUACGAGAGCCUGCGUAUUGGUGUUUGCACAUAGUGAGGUGCGAGAACACAUCAGUCCACGACGUAUCGAUUCUAGGGGACUUCAACACUCCAAAUAACGACGGAAUCGACAUUGAAGAUUCGAACAACACUGCCAUAACUCGGUGCCACAUCGACACAGGAGACGACGCAAUUUGUCCCAAGACAUACACUGGUCCGCUUUACAACUUAACCGCUACAAACUGUUGGAUUCGCACCAAAUCCUCAGCGAUUAAACUCGGUAGCGCGAGCUGGUUCGACUUCAAAGGUCUCGUCUUUGAUAACAUUACUAUCAGUGAGUCUCACAGAGGCCUUGGGAUGCAAAUACGCGACGGAGGAAAUGUGAGUGACGUUACGUUUUCGAAUAUGAACAUAAGUACAAGAUACUACGAUCCGUCGUGGUGGGGAAGAGCUGAACCAAUCUACAUAACAACUUGCCCGCGUGACUCAUCUGCAAAGGAAGGCUCAAUCUCAAAUCUCCGAUUCGUAAACAUUACAAUCAAUUCCGAAAACGGAGUGUUUUUGUCAGGCUCUCGAAACGGAUUACUCUCAGACAUAAGUUUCAAGAACAUGAACCUUACGAUCAGAAGAUGGAGUAAUUACAGUGGAGGGCUUGUGGAUUAUAGACCUGGAUGUCAAGGUCUAGUGAACCAUAGCGCCACGGCUGGGAUCAUCAUGGAACAUGUGGACGGGUUUAGCAUCGAGAAUGUUAACCUGAAAUGGUCAGACGAUGAUGAUCUGAGUUCUGCUUGGAACGUUCCUCUCGAAUUUAGACCUUCCACUGUGAAUAACGUUUCGUUUGUUGGUUUCAAUUCUGGUCUCUUACACGAAAUUGUCUGA